GAAAAGGGAAAAAAAAAAAGAUUCCUAGCUAUAUUGGGUUAAAAAUUAAAGAACAAAAUGAUAAAACUAUACAAGCCAAUCUUUGUGACUUCAGUAAAAAAGUCGUCUUGAAGUAACCGCAGAAGACAAAGCAAACAAAUUGUCUACAGAGAUCCUUGUUACAUAUAGCAGAACUGUGUUUUGUAUUAUUACCUAAUUUGUGUUUUGGAAAUGUAUAACAUAUUUGAUUAUUUAAUCCUGAGCAGGAAGAUGCAUACAAAUAGUUUACUCUUACUAAAUAACAGUAAAGAGACAAAUAGAAUAUCAGUACAAAAGAUGGGACUUUGAUGGUGCAGCAAAGAACCAAAUUUUCACGGAUUUCUAUGAGUAUGUUUCUUGUUCCGAGAUGAUGUUUUGUUGUACUGACAUGUUUUUGUUGUUAUGCCUGAAUGAAAUUCUCCAACCCAAGUACAAAAGAAAUAAAAAGACUUGUUUGAAAGGUUUUCACAUACAUUUCAAUUAACUCAACCUAGUUGUUUAUAAGCAAAUCCCACCCCUUCUCACAUUGAAAACGCGUAUAAAUAAACUUUGAAGAUAAACCAAUGUAUACACAAAGAAUCGGAGUCCAAGGAGGACAAUAUCGUAUGAGAGGAGCUGACAUAACCCAAUCCCCAAAGACGCGUUCUCUAGGUCAACGAACCAUUGGUGACGACCCAUGAAAAAUAAAUUCGUGCGGGGCCCGUGACCCAAAGCGGAUAAUAUCUUCAAUGUAUUUGGGCUAUGAAUUUCAACAUAUCACUCAAUCACUGAUGUUUGAAUGAAAUUAUCUGUCCUACACGCUUUUAAGUUGUUACCAAGACACCCCGACCCUAGCAAGGGACUAUUUAGUCAAAUAGGCUCAGCUUGCCACUUGAACUUCCCCGGCCCCUUCGAAAUACAUUAUGGAGAUUUACAGCUUAUCACAGACCAAACUGGCAAAUCCCAAAUUCAGGGUGUUAUCCCUACUGCCAUAAGAGUGCCUAGCAAAUGUUGAGAAAACGCACUAAAAUAAUUCUACGGAACCAGAAGGCCAGCUAGAGUAUACACUUGCAAAGAUCACCUAUGAUGAUGAGAAGAUUACACAAUCAAACUUCAGACUUCUGUUGCAGCAAACUUUUGUGAAGUAAAAGACAACAAAUAUGGAUUGUGGUGCACACGUGAAAGUUUAUUAGUGGUUUUGAUUCUUUUGAAGCUUGACCCCACCUAAGACCCUUGUUUCUGGGAAGAUAAUAGAACAGAAAAGGUAAUCUGCAUAAUAUCAGAAGCUUUUUUUUUUGUUUUAACUUUUCUUCUGACUUUGUUUUCUUCCUUUUCAAGCAUAUCGCCAUAUCUUUUUUCAGUUUUUCUAACUCAGCAAAUAGUACCUUAUUUUCUGAUAGUUGAUAAGAAGAUAAGAGGAAAGUAGAAAAAGACAUGGAUGCCAGAAAAUUGGUGGAGAUGGUAGCCCUUGACAGAUUGAAUAGUCAGAGAAUCCAAUCAGAGAUGUCAAAAAAUUUUAUGGUGGAUUAAGGUUUUCAUAUGUCCAAGAGUUCAAAAAACCUCCAUCAACUCUUGUUAAUUGAGGUUGCACUGUUUGUAGACCCUAAUUUAUUGGAGAUAUUGAUUCUCUCCUCUCCCAAGUUGAUGUUGUUCUUCCUGUUUGUCCUGCUUCUUUUGUGGUUCCUAAGGAGACAAAUCAUUAAAAUUCUAAAAAUUUUGUUUUUUUGAAAGACUUUCUUUGCCAACUGGCAGUACCCAACCUUACCCCCUCCUAGCCCUUCUUAUAAAGAGCAAGCUUUGCCACCUCCUUUUCACAUAUCAUCUGAUUGACCUUAAUCUUCUCUCUUUGACUCUUCAUCAUUCUAACCAUCAUAUCCUCCUCCUUAGCCUCUCCAAGAAAAGUUUUAUUCUCCACAUUUUCAUUCAUUUUCUUAGAAAUCUAUGGCAUCCAGUUCAAUGUCAUCGCGUGGCUCCUGUGGGUCUUGGACGGCCAAAGAAAACAAGGCCUUUGAGAGAGCUUUGGCUGUGUAUGACAAGGACACCCCGGACCGUUGGCACAAUGUGGCCAGGGCAGUUGGAGGAAAAACAGCAGCAGAAGUGAAGAGCUACUAUGAGCUCCUCGAGAAGGAUGUGGAGCACAUUGAGUCAGGUCAAGUGCCAAUCCCCAAUUACAGGAAUACUGGGGGGAGUAGCAAUGGAAGCAUGAGCGAUGAGCAGAAGAGGAUGAAGAAUUUGAAGCUCUACUGAGCAUUAAGUGAGUCAACAACUAGCAGCAAUAAAGAACUAGUAGGUCUGCUCAAUGUAUAACACGUAGGAUAGAUAUAUAUAGCAGCAUAUAAUGGUAAAUUCAAGAAUCACAAAUAUGUGAUUCAACCUCAUAUGUUCCUCAGGUUUUUUAUGUAUCUAUGUCUCAUGCAUUGACGGAUGAAUAGACAUCCUCUAAUACUGUUCUUGCUA